ACUGAGGGAAAAUAAUAUAAUGAAUGUUUCUGAUGUGAUUUCUAAAAAAAUAAAUACGAGAAUUAUUCGUUUUAAAAUCUCAUCAUUCAUGUUGUAUAUGUAAUUAUUUAUAAGAACAUCUACAAACGCCAGAAACACAUUAAACGCUGAUGACAGCAAUUUUAGAUUGAAAAACAAAUGUUUCACAACAGCAUCAGCUGAUUGUUCGACAGCAAACAUAGCAAUAAUGUUGUGAUUUGAACAUUCAAAUUGGAUUCCGGUUCGCCGCGUCAGUCGAGUCGUGGCGCUCGCUCACUUGCCCGUUGAGUCGGCAUACAGCUAACGUGAAUAAAGUUUUCUUUCGGCUAAUAAUCGGCGGUGAAAGUCGGCGCAGAUGUCGCGUGAACAAUCGUCAAGAAAUGUCCACUGUCCGUUUGUACUUUGAAUAAAUUAAUUGGAGGAUUUCUAAAGCGUGCCAUGGUGUUAGCUGGUGAUUUAAAAUCGAAUAUAUGUGUAUAAAUGUGCGAACCUAGUGAGAACAGUGGUUAUUUUAUUUUGAGUCUGUAAAUUAUAUAAAUUAAUAAACUAAAGUGAAUAUGGCCUUAAAAAUGGAACAGAAAAAUGAUCUUGAUUUUAUACUCAAAAACUUGUUGGCUGGAGGUGUCGCGGGUAUGUGCGCAAAAACGACAGUGGCGCCACUAGAUCGCAUGAAGAUUCUACUCCAAGCCCAGUCAUCCCACUACAAGAACCAUGGCGUCUUGGGCGGAUUGACAGCUAUCGUGAAGAAGGAAUCCCUAAUAGCCCUCUACAAAGGGAAUGGAGCCCAAAUGGUCAGGAUAUUCCCGUACGCAGCUACGCAGUUCACCAGCUUUGAGAUUUACAAAAAGUACCUAAGCGGAGUCCACAUACCGGUAGUCCAACAUGGCGACAAGUUUGUGGCGGGCGCGGGAGCGGGUGUGACAGCUGUCACUCUGACAUACCCACUCGACACGAUUCGCGCGCGCCUCGCGUUCCAGAUCACGGGCGAGCAUAAGUACAACGGCAUCGCUCAUGCAGCUACCACCAUGUUCCGAACGGAAGGCGGUAUCCGAGCCCUGUACCGCGGCUUCGUGCCUACGAUGAUGGGCAUGGUGCCGUACGCCGGGUUCAGCUUCUACUGCUUCGAGUCGCUCAAGUUCUUCUGCAUGAAGUACCUGCCGACCACGCUCUGCAGAAAGUGCGAGAGGAAUACCGGUGGUCUAGUGCUAACAGUGCCGGGCAAGUUGGUGUGUGGCGGGCUGGCGGGGGCCGUGGCUCAGUCCGUCUCGUACCCGCUUGACGUGACGCGACGCCGUAUGCAGCUCGCCUGUAUGGACGCCCAAACCGCCAAGUUCGGCAUCGGCAUGGUGAAGACGUUGACUCUCAUAUACCGUGAGAACGGUAUAGUGAAGGGUCUAUACCGCGGUAUGAGCAUCAACUACAUCCGAGCGAUACCGAUGGUAGCCACUUCAUUCUCCACUUACGAACUAAUGAAGCAAUUACUCCAACUCGACACAGGAAUGAUGGUAUCGUAACUCCAAUAGAAAGAUUGAUUGAUUAUUAUUUUCAUCGUUGUAUCUGGUAGGUAAAAUUGGGCACACAUUUUUUGCGUUCAGCUAUAUACGAAUUUUUUUUUAAUAUCAGACGUCAUUACUAUAAUUAGAAAGUUAUUUCUGCUUGUUAUUACCUUUUGUAGAGGGUACCUAUAUUACCGUUGUCCCCUAAAUGGUAAGCAAGUAACAUAAAAAUGAUUUAUUUAUCCAGUGAAGGACGAAGGAAAUUAUUUAAAAAAAAUGUCUGCUUUUCACACUAGGGUCGUUAAAGAGGUGGGUGAUACCUCAUUUCUUACGGAGAAGGAAUAAGCGUUAAUUGACACUCUUGAUGAGCUUAAUUCCAGGUAGUUUCUUUUUCUUAUAAAGACAGAACCCAAAAUACGCGUUUAUUUAUAUUUUUGUAGCUGACGGACUUAAUCGAUAU